UUUGUGCUGUCGCAAAACAAUUUAUCACAGCCGAUAAGAGACAACAACUUGACUAUCAUUCAUAGUUUCCACGUAACGUACAACGCCGUGGUGUUUCCCGGCGGAGUCACCGAGUCCGCGGACGGAAGCAACCGCUGGUGGGACCUGUUCAGGUCCUUCGGCUAUUCGACACAAGAUUUCGAAGUAUUUCACCGCCCGAAUACCAUAACCUCAGAGAUCUUUAAAAAUAAUCCUAUACAAAGACAUCUACAGCUGAGAAUAACAGCAAUUAGAGAGACAUUUGAGGAAUUGGGUCUCUUGAUCUGCAGUCGGGGUAGGAAGGAGUGUAGAGAUGGUAAUCUAUGGGCCAAUACCAUAGAAGGUGUUGAUCUCAAACAUUGGCAAAAUCGGGUAAGCAAAAACCCUGAGGACUUGAUCACUCUGUGUGAAGAGUACCAGUGCUACCCGGAUAUUUGGUCCCUGUACUAUUGGAGCAACUGGUUAUCUCCCAUCACGCUCCCUAAGAGAUUCGACACAGCAUUCUUCAUCGCUGCAAUAAAAGAUAAACCUGAUUAUCUUAGGAGCUCCUCCGAAGUGGUUAAAGUAGAGUGGCUCCCUCCUGGAGAAGUUUUAAAUAGUGACAGGAAAUUGCAACCACCACAGAUUUAUGAAUUUCUCCGAUUGUCCCAUGUGAAGGAUAUUGAAGAGCUAAUCACAUUUGCAUCUGAGAGGAGUGGUCAUGGUACUAACUUAUCGUAUCCAUUUGUUGUGAAAGCUAAGGAUGGCGCAUUGUUUACAUUACCUGGUGAUGACUUAUACCCUUCAAGUGUAGACUACAACGACAAUAAGAUUAAAUAUAUAGACCAAACUAUAUUAGAGUUAAGAGAGUCUUCUAAAUCAGUUCAUAGAAUUGAAUCUAAGGAAAACUGUAGACGCUUAGUUAUUCAGAAUUACAAACCUGAACAUCACAUCGAAAUGGAGAACAAAACCUAUGAAGGUUUUGCUACAGCUUAAUAUACACUCUGUAAUUCCAG